ACCGGAACUACCCUUCCAAUCAGUCAUUGCUCCGAUCUCACCGCCGACCAUGGCUCGCGCUUCGCCUCUCCUUCUCCUUCUCCUCCUUCUCCUCGCCGUCGUCGCCGGAGCCAUUGCCGCUUCUCCCCACUUCGAGGGCUUCGAUUCCGAUGAUCUUCUCGACGACGACCUCUCCGACUCCGACUCCGAGCCCUUCAUUCCUGUCUCCUCCCCUAUCUCCUCUCCCUCCGUCUCCGUCUCCUCUUCCGAUCCCCCCGAAUCGCCUGAUCCUCUCCCUCCCCCCGCAUCCCCUCUCGCCACCGAUUUCUGGGACGAAGACGAGUUCGAAGGCAUCCCCAUCCCCAGAACCGAGCAACAACAACGCGAUCCAGAGCCCGAUCCGGUCCCCACUCCUCCUUCCGAUGAAACAGCCGCCCCCAAACCUACUCCGAGGAAUCUCCGGUCGUACACCAUGGAGAUCGUAUGCAUCAGCUUCUUGAUUGCCUUUGCGAUCAACUAUUUCACCGGAAAACGCGAGAACGAACUCAUCGCUCUCACCUGGGCUUCUCAUUUCGCCACUGAGGAUUCUAUCUUCGAGAAGAAUUUCAGCCUCCUUGGCGCUGGUGAGGGCAAAGACGCGCCUUUGCUUUUGAAGGAAGGGCAGAGUAUUUUCAAGUUCUGGGCCAGUGGGAGGAGGUAUUGUAAGGGGUUGUUGGCGACGAUGGAUCUGCGGAGCCGGCAUGAUCUGAUCUCAAGGAUUUGGGAGCUGGUGUUUGUGAAGAAGGAUGUGAUUACGUUUGAGGUGAUGAUGAAUGAUGAGGCAAUGGAUAAUGUGGUGAUGGCUGUGGCGAGGAGGAAGACAGCAAAGGCGAUGCAUAAGGAGGUGAGGGAUUUGCAACGUUUUGCGACCGUCAUGGGCUCAUCACCUGCUGGGAGGAAGUGGGUCGCCGAGGAGCUUGCAGUGGUUACAGAAUCGAAGGAGGUUGCUGCUGAUCUUAUCACAGAUGUUGUGCUUGAUCAGGUUCUUGGUGAGAAGGCAUUUGAGAAAUUUGGGAAAGGGUUCAUUUCACUGCACUUUUCUGAUCAUUACUCAGGUUCUCAUAAGAAGAUGCUCGUUUUGAAGUUUGCACUUCCUGAUGCCAAGAACAUGGCAGACAUGACAAGAUUAGUAGCCCUUGUACCUUACUACAUUGAUGUAGUUGGCCGCUACAAACUGAGUUCGCAGGCCCGCACUAAAACAGAUGCUGCCAGAGCAAAAGUUGCUCAGGAGAUAUACAGGGAACUGCAAAAUGUAAGGCAAGAAGCACUGCAGAAGAAGAAGGCGGAAAAGAAAAAGCAGCUGGAAGAGGCUGAGACCAAGCUUAGUGCGGAGUCUGUUCGCAAGAAAGAAGAGAAAGAUCGUGCCCGCCAAUUGAAGAAGUCGAUGCCCCGGGUGAAGAUGAUGCGCUCUCACUAAGAAGCUUACUCGGCAUAAAGUGACAUUCCUUGUUAUUCCACCUCCUUUCCUUUCUCAUAGAAGGAACUGGAUGCCUAUUCUUCGAAAUCUCUAUGCACCGACACAAUAUAUGGAUUCUUCCACUCCGUAGAUGCUUCAUUGUAGCAACCAGUAGACUUCUGAUGCAUAUUUUGAGGUCCUGACAUUUAAUCUGUAGAAACAUUCUGCAGAAAUUACGCACAAUGUUUAAGAGCUUCUUUUACUGCUAUCUAUAGUUCCUUGUCUCGGUCCAUCAUGGUUGUUAUCUUAUAGUGUUACUAUUUCAAACUGAUUUUGGAUGUAGAUCUGGAAAGGUAUUAGUUCAAAGUGGAAGUCAUAGACUUAGGCUUUGCUGUGAAUUUCAGGACUACUUAUUUUUACGGAUAUUAAUUUGUGAAGUGAACUGCUUUAUUUUCUGCA